GCGUCAAUUACCACAGCUUGGCCCCAAACUUGCGUGUUCCUCCUGUGCGACGAACAUGCCUCGCCGAACACGAGCAGAGGUAGAGGCUGACACCGACUCUCUUAAGGAGAACUCUGCUCUUCCGAACGUGGCCAAGGAAGAGGUCAAAAAGGAGAAAGGCACAGGCGAGAAAGUCAAGGACGAGAAAGGUAAAGGCAAGGCGACGCGUGUCGAGCAUGAAACAGGGAACGAAGAUCCAGCGCAGACUCAAGCUGGAAACAACGCUGACACUGAUGCCGAAGGCGAUGUUGAUGCUGACGGUGAUCCCGAGAACGAGGACGGAUCUCCAAGAAGCCGCAAGCGCGCUCGCGUCAAUGCAGAAGGCGACUUUGUGCCCUCCACCCCGAAAAGGGAGCAAAUAGCGACUCUUCCUCGUGAUGACGAUGGUUUCAUCCCUGGUUCUAUCGUGCGUAUUCAGUUGCACAACUUCCUUACGUACGACUGGGUGGAGUUCCGCCCGGGUCCUUACCUGAACAUGAUACUCGGCCCCAACGGCACUGGUAAAAGCAGUAUCGCUUGUGCUAUUUGUCUCGGCCUCAACUGGCCUCCGAGCGUGAGCGCUUUUUAUUAUUCUUGUUUCUUGCCUCAAGUCUACCUUCACCAGAUCCUUGGUCGCGCAAACGAGAUUUCUAGCUUCGUCAAGCACGGCAAAGACAGCGGCUACAUCGAAAUUGAGCUCAAGGGUGCAAAGGGUCAAAAGAACCUUGUAAUCCGACGGAACUUGAACGCUAAGUCCAAAGGCUCGACUUUGACUCUCAACGGACAAUCUUGCACUGGCAAAGAGAUUUCGGCUCGCAUGGCAAAGCUCAAUGUUCAAGUCGGAAACUUAUGUUCAUUCUUGCCUCAGGACAAGGUCUCUGAGUUUGCGCAAAUGACCCCACAACAGUUGCUCAGAGAGACGCAACGUGCCGCGGGAGAUGUUAAUUUGACAAAUUGGCAUGACACGCUGAUUACCGCUGGCAAAGAGCUCAAGGACCUCCAGGAUAAAGCACAUGACGAGCAAGAACGGUUGAAGACGAUGCAAGACCGUAAUUCUCAACUUGAGCGAGACGUUCAGCGUUAUCAAGAACGCAAGCGUGUCGAGAAGGAUAUCGCUGUCUUAGAAGUGUUGAUUCCUGUUAAUGAAUACCAUGAAGCUAAGGAGCGCUAUCAGAAGGCCAAAGACCGCCAGCGGGACUUACAUGCCCGCGUGCGGAAACUGAAGGAUAGAAACGCGCCCGCACACGCCAAGCUAGAGCAACUUGCUGUGCAGCACAAGGAGUACGAGAAAGCACGCGAGAAAAAGAAGAAUGCAUCUCGCCAGAAGUUCCAGCAGAUGAAGAGCAAAUGGAGCGAGAACGACAGGCUUGUUCGUCUAACAGUUCAUUUUCGUUUCUUGUCUAAUGACCAGCCGCUCAGGAACGUGACGCAGAGGAUGUCACGAACAGACUUGACGGUCUGAAGCGGGCCGAGAAGGAUCGCGUGAAGAAGAUCAAAGACAUCCAAGGGCAGAAUGAGAAAUGGCAGAAAGAGCUCGACAACC